AGGAUGCCAGCCCCCAUCAGACUGCGCGAGUUGAUCCGGACCAUCCGGACAGCAAGAACCCAGGCAGAAGAGCGUGAGAUGAUCCAAAAGGAAUGUGCUGCUAUCCGGUCAUCCUUCCGAGAGGAAGAUAACACAUACCGAUGCAGAAAUGUGGCAAAGCUGCUGUAUAUGCACAUGCUGGGAUACCCUGCACAUUUUGGACAGUUGGAGUGCCUCAAGCUCAUUGCCUCUCAGAAAUUCACAGACAAGCGCAUUGGGUACUUAGGUGCCAUGUUGCUGCUGGAUGAGAGACAGGAUGUCCAUCUUCUUAUGACCAAUUGCAUCAAGAAUGACCUUAAUCACAGCACGCAGUAUGUGCAGGGGCUGGCACUCUGCACUCUUGGCUGCAUGGGCUCCUCAGAAAUGUGCAGAGACCUUGCAGGAGAGGUGGAAAAGCUCCUCAAAACGUCCAACUCCUAUCUUAGGAAGAAGGCAGCAUUGUGUGCUGUUCAUGUCAUUAGAAAGGUGCCUGAACUCAUGGAGAUGUUCCUGCCAGCCACCAAAAACUUGCUGAAUGAGAAGAACCACGGUGUUCUUCACACAUCAGUUGUCCUCCUCACAGAGAUGUGUGAGAGAAGCCCAGACAUGCUUGCACACUUCAGAAAGAAUGAAAAGCUUGUUCCCCAAUUAGUUCGUAUUCUGAAGAACCUUAUCAUGUCUGGAUAUUCACCAGAGCAUGAUGUGUCUGGGAUCAGUGACCCCUUUUUGCAGGUGCGAAUCCUGCGGUUACUAAGAAUUUUGGGACGAAAUGAUGAUGAUUCUAGUGAAGCAAUGAAUGAUAUACUUGCACAGGUUGCCACUAAUACAGAAACAAGUAAAAAUGUGGGAAAUGCCAUUCUCUAUGAAACUGUGCUGACGAUUAUGGACAUAAAGUCUGAGAGUGGGUUGCGGGUGUUAGCCAUUAACAUCCUGGGCCGUUUCUUAUUAAACAACGACAAAAACAUUAGAUAUGUAGCUUUGACAUCAUUGUUGAAAACUGUGCAGACAGACCAUAACGCAGUACAGCGGCAUAGAAGCACGAUUGUCGACUGCCUGAAGGAUCUGGAUGUCUCCAUUAAAAGGCGUGCAAUGGAACUCAGUUUUGCUCUUGUUAAUGGGAACAAUGUCCGUGGAAUGAUGAAGGAGUUGCUGUAUUUCCUAGAUUCCUGUGAACCAGAGUUCAAAGCAGAUUGCGCAUCUGGAAUAUUUCUUGCAGCUGAAAAAUAUGCUCCUUCCAAACGCUGGCACAUAGACACAAUUAUGAGAGUCUUAACAACGGCAGGAAGUUAUGUUCGUGAUGAUGCUGUUCCCAAUCUGAUUCAGCUAAUAACUAAUAGUGUGGAGAUGCAUGCCUACACUGUGCAGAGACUCUACAAAGCCAUCCUUGGUGAUUACUCCCAGCAACCCCUGGUGCAAGUGGCCUCUUGGUGCAUAGGAGAGUAUGGAGAUCUUCUGGUGUCUGGUCAGUGUGAAGAGGAGGAACCAAUACAGGUAACAGAGGAUGAAGUUCUUGAUAUUUUAGAAAGUGUCCUGAUAUCUAAUAUGUCUGCAUCUGUUACACGAGGCUAUGCUCUCACUGCCAUCAUGAAGCUUUCCACAAGGUUCACCUGCACUGUCAAUCGCAUUAAGAAGGUAGUUUCCAUUUACGGCAGCAGCAUCGAUGUGGAGCUACAGCAGAGGGCAGUGGAAUAUAAUGCACUUUUCAAGAAAUAUGAUCACAUGAGGCCAGCCCUGCUUGAGAGAAUGCCAGUAAUGGAGAAAGUCACCACAAAUGGCCCUACUGAGAUUGUACAGACCAAUGGAGAGACAGAACCAGCGGUACUGGAAACCAAACCUCCACCCUCUGGAUUGCAGCCUGCUAGCCAGGCAAAUGAUUUAUUGGACUUGUUGGGGGGAAGUGAUAUAACACCUGUAAUUCCCACUGCACCUACAAGCAAGCCAGCUUCUGCUGGUGGGGAGCUCCUUGACCUCCUGGGAGACCUCAACCUGACAGGUUCUCCAGUAUCUGCCCCUGCACCCCAGAUAGCACAGCCUCCGUUCUUGCUUGAUGGGCUUCCGUCACAGCCUCUCUUCAAUGAUAUUUCUACAGGAAUCCCCUCAAUUACUGCAUACAACAAGAAUGGGCUGAAGAUUGACUUCACCUUUGAGAGGUCAAACACCAAUCCUAGCGUCACUGUAAUCACGAUACAGGCCUCCAACAGCACAGAGCUGGAUAUGACAGAUUUUGUUUUCCAAGCUGCAGUACCAAAGACAUUCCAGCUGCAGCUCCUGUCUCCCAGCAGCAGUGUCAUCCCUGCAUUUAACUCGGGGACCAUAACACAGGUCAUUAAAGUCCUGAAUCCACAAAAGCAACAACUACGUAUGCGGAUCAAGUUGACGUAUAAUCACAAGGGCUCAGCAAUGCAGGAUCUAGCAGAAGUCAACAACUUCCCCCCUCAGUCCUGGCAGUGAGGCUCUGGCACCAUUCUUAUUCUCACCCCACCCAAUCAAAAGAACUCUGGGAAGAAGGUUGUGAUCCUUGGCAAUCCCCCAAACUGCACCAUGGGCAUGGGGAACAGAUGAGACCUGCUGAUGAGGAGGAUUUUUCCUGAAGUGAUUGCUGACUUUGAAGCAUAUCUGUUAAGACUAAUCUCCUCUCCACCGCUGAUGAGGCUGGCGGCUUGUGGAGGCUACUGUGCACUCCCUCACACAUGCAUUCACAGCCAGAAGCAACAUUCCCUUCUCCCCUUCCCCAUCUCUGCCCCCUGCAAAGAAACACAGCCUGGUUGGAAGAGAAGUCUGGAAUUUCUAGCAGGGAAACUUUCUUCUCUGCAGCAAGUGAACAGCUGCCCCUUCUUUCUGCUGUCUCAUUCCCCUGGGGUGGGCAAGGUGUGUUGUCCUUCAUUACUAGCUGGAUUCCUUCAGGCACUUUCAUGUGGGGCUCAGAUUUUGGGGAUUUGGGGAAUGUCAGGCUGCCCUGCCUCUUUCUUUUUGUAUCCCCUGUGUCUGAAGGGGCUGGAGACUGCUUAUGGCCUAUUCAGUGCAUUAUUGUAUACACCCACCUCUUAGUUACGUGAUACGUACCAAGAGCAAGUUAGGCCUUGGGAGUUCAUCUGCAGACCUGGAACAGUGCAGGAAAAGAGGUGCUGGUAAGACCUGAUAAAAUUGCUUUGGUGCUGUACUUGGAAAUGAAGACCUUACACCUGAAUUUUCUUUCUUUACAUCAAUAGCUACAGCCAUGCAGAUUCACAGGCAAGCGCCCCCAAAAACUGUGGUGAUAUAUGAGAGAUGUGGAGAUCCAAGGAGCAGCUGGUUUUCUACCACAGAUGGUUUCAAAGCCUUUUUAACCCAUUAGUUGUGGUUUAUGGGUAGAAAAGACAUACUCAGUUUUGUAGAUCAGUCUUUGAGCAAGGGCUCUGUUCCUGCUGGGAGACUCAUCAAAGACUGUGCUGCAAAGUUGCUCUUCCCAGUUAUUCCAGACCUUCUCCCCAGUUUAAUUUCCAGAGCCUGUUGUAGACCCCUUGGAUUCCAUUUGAGUUACUUCUGACUGGGAUAUUUGUGUUGUAUCUGUAAUAUUGGCACUGAAAUAAAGACCAUGCAGUUUAAAGAGACCUUUUCCCAUUUUGUUACUGAAUUGAUCCCUGUAGUUUGCUCCUUGCUCCCCUUUCAGAGAAAUGUGCUAGUUCAGGUUCAGACUGAAAGUCACUAAACUGUUUUUUUGAAUGGAAGCCAGUUUGAGUAUUUGAAUCAAAAGAUGUGAGGUCCACUGCUUUUCUAAGCUUACAGAAAGCUGAGUUCAGUUACGCUUCCUAGGGUGAACUGUUGUUGAGGUAGUACAGCUCUGUGAGUUCUCAUGGAGGUGAUGUAUAGGAUAUAAAGCACGGUGUGACAAAACUAUUCAGAUGUUGAGCCCUCUUCAGGGAGGAAGAGGGGAAGAUGUAUCUUACAUCUUCAUCUAUGAGUGUGGUGGCAAGCUGACAGAACUCCACCUUCCAACCCAGUGCUUUCUCAAAAGAAAUAGAUGGCACAUCUGCUUUAUUUCUCCUCUAGGGCUUUUCAGAUACGGAUCAUUCAGUGCUCUAAUGGCAAGCUUAAAUACAGCUCUUUGUGUCUGCAAAAGUGCUAACACUAAGCUCCAAACCUUGCCAAAACCACUGCAGCAGUGGUGCACAGUGUACUUGGAAAAUUGAAGACCUAUUCUGCCUUUGAAUUGGGAGCAGGAGGCCAGUAAAGGUUGUUCGGUCUGGUUUUAACUGCAUUAAGUAAUAUCAAUAGGACUGAUUGUCACUGACUUAAGUGCUGGUCUGUGUAGUGGAAUAAGUUGAGCUUUUCUUGGAGCACAUUUUUUGCUGCCUUACUGAUUAAACAGGUUUGGGCCAUUGGAUUAGCAAAGAGUGUUAUUGUUCUGUUGGAAGUGCAUCAGCAUGGGGUUAUAAAAUCUAGAAGAAUGAUGUAUGCUUUCCUUAAAAGUAAUUGUGGGCUGUGUUAGGGUCAUGCCUUGGAUAUCAGUGGUGAGAUAGAUGCUGUGCUUCAGCCAGAAGCAUCAUGGAGCAGCCAGUCUUGCGGAAAAUUGCUGAAGUGAAGUCCAUUUGUAGGUGCCGAGCAUUUUCUUUUGUUGCUUUCACUUCAGCUGCAUCUUUUCACCCCACUAGCUCAAACUCCGUAGUGUUGGAGGCUGAGCAUGUUAAAUCUUGACUCCAGUGAGCUCUGAGGGUAUCCCAGGUACAAAGCUAAUGGAAAGUCUUUACCUUAGUUCCUGAACUCCCCAUAAGCUCUCCCAUUCUCCUCAUAGAAUUGUAUGUGGUCCGUUGUACCGAAAGCUGGCACACCUCCAUCUGCAUUGGUUUUGCUGAAGAAGAGCCCUGGUGCAGAUUAGAUGGGGAGAAGGAAGUAAAUGGUCCCUCACCAUUUUUCUUUCAACAGAUGGCCUGUUCGUUGCAACAUGGUUGGGAACAGCUUACCUUGUCCAUCUUGUUGCUCCUGUUUUCCAUGCCCUAGAGCAGCUGGGGCUUCUUGUUGGUCUCUGUCUGGUGUGUAGGGUAAAUUCCUGAUAUGUUCUUGGCUGCUUCAGCCCCCUACGCACAGUGUUUGUGUUCAGGGAAAUGGGUGCUGUCCCCUGUGUUUCUGAGUGGAGCUGGAGGAGGCAGUGCACGUACUUGAAAUGCAUUUUGCUUGAAGCCAUCCCUUGGCUAUGAAGGACUCCUUUGUAGCAGCCGAACAUUCCUCUGAGCUCUUUGCCUUCCCAGCUAAGGACGAGUGCUAACAGUAUGCAGGCAGGCAGGUUUCACACGUCCUGUCUGUAGCACCAGAUGCCAUUGCUUGCUCCUUGACCCCUAAGUGCAGCUCAAGCUCUGUGCUGCUUUGUUUUCUCACUGGGGAGUACUUGUGUGUCCGUGUCUGGGGCACUCUGAGGAUAGAUAGGGUGAGUCUCUCUUCCACUAGUUGAAUGCAACAGUUCUUACGGCUCUGGUCAACAUUUUCCUUGCUUCAGCAUAAGGUGAAUGUAAAGGGAACAAGAUACAGACUUCACGGCUAAUCUUAUUCAUAUCUGCUUGGAGAUUUUGGAGCUGGGAGAGACUGAAUGUCUGGGUUUUUUUCAAGUAAAUGUAUUCUGAGUCAAAAAAUGACACAGAGAACAGUGGCCAUAAUGGGCCUGAAGGCGGUGGAGACAUGGGAACGUCCUAAGGUUCAACUUUGUACAGGUCUUGACGGGGCAAAAAAUGGCCUUGAACAACCUUUUGAAGCAAUAGCAGUGGGAGGACUGCCACCUGAACAGUACCUUGGGUUUGUAACACAGAAGAUGCUGAAGCAGCUGGGAAAGGUGACUUUGUGCCUUCUCUGAAGCUGGGACUAGCUGCAAGACGGAGCAGCCAAGAUGGCUUUUUUUUUUUUUUUUUUUUUUUUUUUUUAAAGCUGCUGCUGUGCUUUCUAUGUGUUCAUUUUCUACUUGGGGCUGUGAAGGAAGGGGCUGCUGGGCUGCUUCCCUCGGAACUUUCACUCUUCUGUAUAUUCCCUUUUCUUUCCUGAUGUAAUUUACAUUUUACCUCGAGCCCCAUCCCACCUCUUGGGCACUAUAGUGGGGAAAAAAAAAAAAGGCAAACAAAAAACCAAACCCCAGCAAACCCAACCAAAUUUCAAGUGAAGCCAUGCCCUUCAAGCAGGGAGCCCGGUGGCAUUCCAACUUCUGCAGACCUAUUUUUGAGAUGUGAGAAAACUAAAAUGCUAAGUCUGAGGUGAGUGAGGAGCAUAACGGAUGUAAACAUUUUCAUGGGAUGCAUUAGACUUCUGCUGUGUGUAUUGUCUUUUGGUUGAACAAAUUACGAAGUGACUAAUAAAAUGAGUCAAUAUUCAAUGA